AUGAUGAGACGAAAUUUCGGUGAAGAUGUGCCAAAUUUCAAGGAACUACAGAAAAAUGUACAGUUAUUACUGUUGAAUGAACAUCCCAUUUGGGCGAAUAAUCGUCCAGUACCACCAAACAUAAUAUUUGUUGGAGGUAUUCAUCAACCAAAGGAGCAGGAGUUUUCAAAGGAGCUUAAACAAAUCUUGGAUUCGUCAAUAAAUGGUGUUAUCUAUGUCAGUUUUGGUACAAGUGUAAAGGCCUCCGUGCUUCCGCCAGAAAGAAUUGAGGCCAUGACAAAAGUGCUGUCUCACUUACCUUAUGAUGUUCUGUGGAAGUGGGACAAGGAUGACAUACCUGGAAAAGGCAAAAAUAUUAAUCUUUACAAAUGGUUCCCACAGCCUUCUCUUCUUAGUAAAACAUCCAAGCUUUUUAUCACCCAAGGAGGUUUACAAUCGACCGACGAAGCGAUUAAUGCAGCUGUACCCCUCCUGGGAAUACCGAUGCUUGGUGAUCAGUGGUACAAUGUGGAGAAAUAUGUACAUCACAAAAUUGGCCUUCAGCUCGAUAUUUAUCAGCUGACAGAGGACAACUUUAGGAAUGCAAUUGAAAGACUUCUUGGGGAUAAGAGUUACAAAGAGAACAUAGUAAAAUUACGUUCUCUUAUGAGAGAGCAUCCCGUAGCACCCUUGGAACUGGCCAUGUGGUGGAUUGAGCAUAUACUUAAGUAUGGUGGAAGUCAUUUAAAAUCACCAGCCACUGGCAUGUCACUAAUGGAAUACUACGAAAACCACUGCUAUUAG